AUGGUUGCACCCACCUGGCACCACUGGCUACUCCUACAGCGGCUGGCGAGCUACCUGGGGCACUGCCCGCAGCCCGAGCUCUUCUUCAAGUUCCAGGGGAUGCCCAAGGUGAUUGUGGCGGAAGUCGACAGCGACUGGGCGUCCGAGCCUGGUUGGAGGUCCGUGGGCGGGGGAUUCUUGUUCAUCGGCUCGCACCUGAUCGACGGCUGGAGCGGCCAGCAGGGCAAUCGCGCGCUGAGCAGCGCGGGUGCGGUUUUCAAAGGGAUCGUGAACGGCUUGGCGAGAGGCAUCUGGCUGAGGAACGUGAUGCUGGAUAUGGGGUUCGAGAUGACCCUGCAGGUGAACCCUGGCAGCUCGGGGGCCAAGGGCAUCGCACCGCGCUGGGGAAGCGGAAGGGUGCGCCACCUGGCGACGAAAUACCUCUGGGCGCAGGAGAAAGUCAGGGACGAGACGAUCACGAUGGCAAAGAUCCGCGCGGAUACGAACAGGGCUGACAUGCAGACCAAGCCGCCCGAGGGACCGAGAUUUCUGGAGUUGCUGGCGAUGCUUACACUUCGGACGCCGUCCUCAGGGCGCACGCAGGUGUUCGGAGUGAUGUUGGCGGCGACAGUACUUGGUGGAAUUCAAGGAAUGGAGGUGGCCCCAGCGAGCCAGGCACCGAUAGUGAUGAGCAGCCCGACCGCGAUGGAGCUGGCCUGGGCGACGCCCAUCGCGGUGAUGUUCGGAUCGGCGCUGGCGGUCACGUUCCUGUCCGCGUGGAUUGGCUACCGCGUGUACACGGCCCCAAUGCGGUUCCUGAACGCGGUUGAGGCCCCACCUGGAGAGGAGCACCUGGCGAUCGUGGAGAGCGGCAUCAGCAGACGCACGCAGACGACCCCGAUCAAGCACUACUGGACAUGGAGUGCGACGGAAAUGCGCGAGGAAUGCCUGCGCUUGUGCAUCUAUCGAGGACAGCUCAAGUCGCAGAUGAUUGAGGACCUGCUGAAAG